AUGGUUGUCUGUAUCGAUGCUCGUCCUGACAUUAUGAUGGGACCUUUGAAGACCCCUUUCACAGAGAUGUUCAACAUCAAGCACCCAGUCAGCCUUGCGGGUAUGAACAUUGCAGCUGGUCCAAGACUUGGAGCUGCAGUUAUUGAAGCUGGUGGCUUCGCAUGUUUGGGAGGCAAUGGCUACGCCAAAUCCCAAGAAUAUGACACUCUUUCGUAUGAUGAGUUCUAUAAUGAAUUCAUGGCACAUCAAACCCCGGAGAAAGUGAGGACCCAGAUCCGAGAACUCAAGGCGUUCCUCGAGAAUCCGAUUGAUGCCCCGUUCGGCGUCGAUAUCUUGCUUCCACAGAUCGGUGGUGGUGCCAGAAAAACAAACUACGACUAUACUUCUGGACGAUCUGAAGAGAUUAUUGAUGUCGUUAUUGAGGAAGGCGCCAAGCUUUUCGUUAGUGCUCUCGGUGCACCUCCUGCUCAUAUUGUGGAUAAGCUUCACAGAGCGGGUGUCAUUGUUGGGACUAAUAUCGGCCAUCCAAAACACGUAGCCAAGGUAUUAGACGCUGGGUGUGACUUGAUCGUUGCAACCGGUGGCGAAGGUGGCGGUCAUGGCAGUGACGUUGCUACCAUGAUUUUAAUACCAAUGGUGCUUGAAGCAUGUCGAGGUCGUAUUUCGAAGUUCACUGGCCGUCCUAUUGUUGUCUUGGCAGCCGGUGGAAUUUAUAACUCUAUGGGUGUGGCUGCUUCUUUGGCGAUGGGUGCAGAUGGAGUAUGGUGCGGCACUAAGUUUGUGGCUGCUACCGAGUCCGGGGCCAGCGAUGGCCAUCAAAGGGAUCUUCUUGAUACAGAUGUCUCUGGUACUACUAAGACCAUUAUCUAUACUGGUCGUCCAAUGCGGGUCAAGAAUCAUGCUCUGAUCGAGGAGUGGCACAAGCAUCCCGACAAGAUCCAGAAGUUAACAUCUGCCGGGCAUAUCCCAGUCCUCCACGAGAUUACUAAACUCGCGAAGGAAGGUAAAGACUUCCCUCCGGAGCACGAAGCGGGUGUGCGCUGUGUCAUGCUUGGGCAGGCUGCUGGUGCCAUCAAUGAGAUCCUUCCGGCUAAAGAGAUCAUUGAUGAGAUGGUAUAUGGGGCUGCGGCGCUUCUUAAGCGCACGGAACGUAUUCGAAGCAAGCUCUAG